AUGCGAUCUUUUGUUGCCGUUGCCUGCUUCUUGGCUGCUUUCGCUGCCGCCACCCCGGUUGACUUGCAAGUCCGUCAGGUGUCUUCCAGCGUUCAAGCUGCAUCAGGCCAUGACGCCUCACAUUCGAGCACGACCAACAGCAGUCCAUUCGGAUACUCUCACCAUGAGGCCAACAGCGAAAGCUCCUACAACCGAUACAGCUCGGUGACCAACUCCAUGGCACCGGUCUUCGGCACCAUUGGCCAGAUCCAGAACCUGAUGUCGCAAGGCAGCUUCUCUCAGUCUUCUGCCAUGAGCUACAUGUCUCGUCUCGCUCAGCAACUUCAGCCUGCUCUUAACGGCAUGCGUGGAUGUGAUUGUCUGCAAGACCCCACAGUUGUGUCCUCCUACAACCGCAUGUUCAGCCAGCUUUACCAGCUCUUCCAAAGCUUCCAGUCCCAAUACGGCCAGAGCUACAACCAAGUCAUCGCCCCCUUCAACGGCCUGUACAACAGCUUCUCCCAGUUCGCUUCCGAAUCUCACCAAUCCCAGUCCUUCAGCCAGUUCUCAAGCUCCUUCAACCCCUUGGUCAACAUGCUCGGAAGCGUCAACCCUUCCUUCAGCACCCUUGGUCAAUUCUAGACACUCUCAUUUCUUCCCCCUCCCGUGGUGAUUUUGUGGUCUUGUCAUCCUCUUCUCGCUUCACCCAUGUCAUAGGUCUUCACAGUCUUCGCGUUGUAGUCCAAUCUCUCUCAUUCGUUUGAUGUUUGUCUGUGGUCUGUCAUCGACGUGACAUGCUUCUUCUUAGCCAGUCGGUUCAUCACUGUCUAUUCUUUCAUUCCUGUCGGUUGGGAUUGUAAUACAAUCUUUCAGUGAACAGUACCUCUUCCGUCCCCCGUCACCCUGAGAAGAGCCAGCCAUGAAGAUUUAUGAAGGAACAUCGUACGCUGCUGGUUGUAAGCAAUGAUCGAAU